UUGCUACGUUUCUCUCCAGGCCUGCUCCCCGCCUCAGCCGAGCUUAACGGUUGGCCGGAGGACGCGAGGCUGCCCUUUCGUUGCGAUUGGCUUCGGCGCCGUCACUCCACCCUUCCGCCCGCCCCCCCGUCUUCCCCGCCCCAUCCUCCUCCUCCUCUACAGUGUCUCUCGGCUCGCUCGCUGGCUGGGCCUGAGGCAAGAGCCGUUUCGCAGGCCGCGUGAGGGGAGGGGGCUCCGCGCUGCUGCUGCCGCUGCCGCCGCCUCUGCGACAGGCCGGGGUGAUGCUGGGACCCAGGAGGGAGCCGGCGCGGCGCUGAGGAGGAGGCAGAGAGAUGCGCCGGCCUUCCAGCGCCGCCAGCCUCCGCGGCCGCCUCCAACGGCCCUGAGCCGCCGCUUAGUAGGUGACCUAAUCCAUGGGUAAAGUUGGGAAGAUGUGGAACAACUUCAAGUACAGGUGCCAGAAUCUCUUCAACUCUGAAGGUGGAAACAGAAGUGAAAAUGUAGAUGUAAACUCUAAUUGUUCUUCCGUUAGAGAUAAAAGUGUGUUUGUUCCUGAUCCAGCUGCGCAACGACCCAGCAGCCCUUUAAGAGAUGUUUCUUUACAACUGAGUCUAAACCCUUCAAAAAGCUCUGCAAGGAAAAAUCAAAACUGUGCCGCAGAGAUCCCGCAAAUUGUGGAAAUAAGCCUUGAGAGAGAGAGUGACUUGGGUGUUGGCACAGGUGCUAGACUUGCACGAAGAGAUUCCUACUCAAGGCAUGCACCCUGGGGUGGGAAAAAGAAACAUUCCUGCUCGACAAAAACCCAGAGCUCUUUGGAUAGUGAUAAAAGAUUUGGCCGUUCUCGCUUGCAAAGGAGGGAGAGAAGAUACGGCGUGAGCUCUGUUCAUGACACGGACAGUGUCUCAAGCAGGACCAUUGGGAGUCGCUCUCUGCGACAAAGACUUCAGGAUACUGUUGGCUUGUGUUUUCCCAUGCGAACGUACUGCAAACCAUCCAAACCUCUCUUUUCUAACAAAAGAAAGAUCCAUCUCUCUGAACUAAUGCUAGAGAAAUGUCCUUUCCCUCCUGGGUCAGAUCUGGCUCAAAAAUGGCAUCUAAUUAAGCAGCACACAGCCCCAGUGAGCCCCCACUCAACUCUCUUUGAUGCAUUUGAUCCUUCCGUGGCUUCUACAGAAGAUGAAGAGGACAGGCUCAGAGAAAGACGAAGGCUCAGUAUUGAAGAAGGGGUUGACCCUCCUCCCAAUGCUCAGAUACAUACCUUUGAAGCUACUGCACAAGUUAACCCGCUAUAUAAACUGGGACCAAAGUUGGCCCCUGGCAUGUCCGAGCUGACUGGAGACGGGAGUUCAACGCCACAGGGCAGCUGCGACCUGGAGGAAGACACGACUACUCUCUGCUUGCAGUCGCGUAGGCAAAAGCAGCGCCAGGUAUCUGGAGAGAGCCAUAGCCACACCAGCAGACAAGGAGCUUGGAAAGUACAUACUCAGAUUGAUUAUAUACACUGCCUUGUCCCAGACUUACUGCAAAUUACUGGCAAUCCUUGUUACUGGGGAGUGAUGGACCGCUACGAAGCAGAAGCACUUCUGGAAGGAAAACCCGAAGGCACUUUUUUGCUCAGGGAUUCUGCUCAAGAAGACUACCUCUUCUCUGUGAGCUUCCGCCGUUACAACCGGUCUCUGCAUGCACGCAUUGAACAAUGGAACCACAACUUUAGUUUUGACGCUCACGACCCCUGUGUGUUUCACUCCUCCACUGUUACAGGGCUUCUAGAACACUACAAAGAUCCUAGUUCUUGCAUGUUUUUUGAACCUUUGCUUACAGUCUCCCUAAACAGAACUUUCCCUUUCAGCUUGCAAUAUAUCUGCCGGGCAGUAAUCUGUAGGUACACUUCGUAUGAUGGGAUUGAUUGUCUCCCUUUGCCAUCAAUGUUGCAGGACUUUCUAAAGGAAUAUCACUAUAAGCAAAAGGUCCGAGUGCGAUGGUUGGAGCGGGAACCAAUAAAGGCAAAGUGAACAGAGUUCAGAGUCCCCAGUAAGCUCACUAGAAAUAUGUGCUUUUUUUGUGCAAAUACAGUAUAACUGUGGUUAGCACACCAGUGUUCAGCUGCUUCUUCAUCUUCUUUUGCAAUAUGGUACUUUAAGCUUAAUGUGUUUCUGAGUGUGUUCAGAUGCUGCCUGCUAUUAAUCAAGCUUAGUUGUGAAUAUCUCUUGAAACAAUAUGUUGAACACAAAUUCACACAUUUUUAAAUGCAGGCUUGCAGAUUAUAAUUGUCUGGUUCUGAAAUACACUAUUUUCUUUCCGCAAUUCCUCUAGUUAUUAUGCAAAGCAGCCAUUGAGUAUUUUCUAAGUUCCAUUCAAUUUCAGGAGUCAGAACAAAGUGAGUUGCUGACUUUUUUUUUCAUUUUUGAACAUUUGAACACCAGCAGUUGUGUUCCAGUGUAGUUGCUUUCUUAGUACAUUUUAAAGUUCAGUUUUUCCCCAUGACAAUUUUCACAUUAAAGCUACUCUAAAAUGAAAAAUCAUGAGCAACUAGGGAAACUGCUGUCACCUAGCGCUUCUAAGAAUUGAUCACGUACAUUAAUGAGCACUUAUAUGCAUCUACUCAGCACCAAACUCUGGUUUUUAAAAGGGCUGUAUCCUAAUUAAGUAUACUUUAGUGUAUGAUUGUUUGAGUGCUAAUAGAUUAAUCAGCCAACUAAGUUUGCAUAAAUUUGCAUAUCACUAAAAUAGUAAUCAUAUGCAAGAAAAAGUAAACACAUACUUUAUUUAUUUUAUAAUGAUGCUUACAUGUGCCUGCUGUGAUACCUUGAAAGGGGCAUCUCUUAUGGCAGUGGUCACCAACCUUUUUGGAUCUGGGGGCACAUUCUGAAUUUUGAGAAGAUACCAAGGGUACCAGUUAGGAAAUGGCUGCCACCAGGGGUGUAGCCUAACACAUAAUGGCUGCCACCUUCAAAAGAGAAGAAAAAGAAAAGAAACAGGAACAUAAAAUAGUUCAAAUAUGGGAAAAUCCGUUCAGGUUUUUAAAAUAUAUAUAUAUAUGUGCGUAAUCAGAGAUAAAAAGACAUAAUGCUGACUCACAAGUAUUUUCCCCUAUCUUUAUGGAGAAGAAUAUAAUAGAAAAACACUGAAAAUACAGAAAGGACUCACCAGAGAAGUAGUUGAACAAUACUGUUGCAGAGUAGUGUGAUUUUAAGGCUGACUCAUCUACAAGCAUCUCAAAACUAGGGAUGUAUGAGGAUAAUGAUUUUUCUGCCUUUGCACUAAGCCCUCAUCUCUCUAGACAACAUGGGAGCAAUCCCUGUGGGCCAGGCAGGAGGGAAAAGUGAUAACACUGAUUCCUCUGAAAUGACUCCCUCCCCCAAAAAACAACAACUUGGAAACAAUCAGGAAUAAUGUGGUGAGGAUGGUGAUGGUGAUGGUGAUGUUGAUAAUAAUGAUGCCUCUGCAUUACCCCACCCCUCAAGAAUGUAACAACUUGGAAACAACCAGGAAAAUUAUUAGCAUCAUUAUUAUUACCACCACCAUUAUGAUGUCUCUGUACUGGGCUCCCCACUUCAAACAACUUUGGACAAUCCUUGCUGUAGGGCAUGUAGCAGGGAGAAAAAGGGUUGCCAUAUCCUUACCCCCUCCCCGAGUUCAACAGAGGCUUCUCUCAAGCAGCUGUGUGGCCCACAUGCCGGCAGGCAGCAAACACGUAUUGCAACAAUGGGAGGCUUGCCAUCUUGCUUCCCCCACCCCACAUUUUCAAAAAGUUUCUUAAGCAACUAUCCGCAGACUGUUUCACGUGGCCAGCAGGCAGCAAAACUAUUCAUUCCUGGGCUGCUUCCCCUACUCCAAACGUAUUUUUAAAAGCCUCUCAAGUAGCAGCCUGUCAACUGCUCUAUGUGGCUGGCAGGCAGCAAAGUAAAUGUAGCUGCAAACCUUCCAAGGACUAGGAAACAAGACAGUAACAGGAAAAGUGCAGGAAGCAGGAAACGGCACCUCUUUGGGACCCUUUGCCUGCUGUCCAAACAAUUUAUCAGGCACAGCUCUGACUACACUCAUUGACUAAAAACACUGGCAGUGGGAGCAGCCGGGCUGGUUCAUUUCACGUUGGUUGCUUAGAAGAGCACCUGCACCUUCUGCUUCAUAACUUUUUUUCUAGGAUGGCUAGAGUCCUGUGAAAGAAAGAGUUGUGGGUAAGGGCAGCCUGGAGGCACCAGUGAAAGCCGUCUCAGGCACCCAGUUGGCAACACCCCUCCCCAAAAAAUCCUACAAUAUGACUCAGAAGGAUGAGUUCCUCUUCUAAGAUGCUGCACAGUUUGUGGAAGUGCUUGAAACUUGCACAUUUUCUAAAAAUCUGCUAUACAGUUAAUUGGGGUCACCUUAAUCAGAUGGAUUGUAGUCAGUUGUCUUAAGCAUUGCAGCCCUAGUUUUAAAAAAGUAAAGUUUAGUAUACACAGCGUUUCAGUAACUUCUGUCUAACACUGCAAGCCUUCACAGAAGUAAGAUUCAUUAAAUUCAGUGGGACUAAACUCCUAGAUAAGCGUACGUAGGAUUGCAAUUUAAGUCAACCGCUGCUGGUAAGUCGUGAUGAUGAACUUGACUCAACUAUAAGAAACCUGACAAGUAGUAAUUGGAGCUUUGCAUUAACUGAUUUUUGGAGGUUUCAAAACAGUAUUUUUAACUGUCUGCUAAAAACUAAUGGCCAUCUAGCUUAGUUAUGACUUAAAAGCUGAUCCAGAAAAGAUAAUCUGUUCUGCUUCUUUCCCUCCACCCUACUCAAUGCAUCAUACGUAAAGUUUCAGGCUUCAUAUAGGUACUGUUGUAUUUGUGAAUGGUGUAGCACCUUCUUUUGGUAAGUUGUAGAUUGUGUUCUCCUUGAGCAAAAAACUUUUGAAAGUGCUCUUUUGCUUCUGGUUCUCCCCCCCCCCCCUUUGUGGACAGAACAUAACCUGUUUUGUCCUAGUUGUGUUUGCACUAAAAUUUGUGUUGGAGUACAGAGUCCCUUGUUUUUUGCUUGUGUAUCUUGUACCAAUGACUAGUGCUCCCUAGGUUCUUAACCAGUUGACAGUGACUGUGAGGUAGGAAAACUUCAAAGCUGCGUAUACAAGAAGAGUUACACUUGUAUGCCAACACUAACCAGUUUAUCAAUGUGUGUUUUUCCUCCGCUUGCUGUGCCUUGUUACAGCUUUUUUGUGCUAAUAAAGUACAGUAUUUUCAGUGUUAUACUUGUAUAUUUGCUCUUUUAUAUUUGCAGAGCUUCUCGUGUAGCAGUUAACCUUUUUUUUAAAAAAAAAGCUUUAUCUUACGUUUAGUUUAGCUUGCACAAAUGUACAAUUGAAUGAUUACUUGACAUGUCACCAAAUUUAAGCAUAAAUGAAAUUCUCUAGAACACCCAAAUACAGAUGUUUCCAAGCAUUUGGGGCCAUUUCACACAUUGCAUGGAGGCAACUGUGGGUUUUCCAUGGGAUACGCUUGACAACUGGUGCAAAUCCCAGCUCUCUAGUCUGGAUCUGAAUGGGUUGUGCUUUUUACACCCACACAUUUCAUUUUUCGAUGUGUGCUUCUGUUGAAGGUGUGUGUCUUAAAAACAACCAUGUGAUGCUUGAAGUGGCCUUUGGUUUUCAUUGCAAAACCAUAGAAUAGUAGGUCUGCAGUAUCUGGCCACUUCAAAAAGGCAAUUAUAUAUGGAAAACCCUUCUAGGUAAGAAGUAUAAACACUAUGUGUACAUCAUCUCUUGUACACAAACACAGGUUUGCCUGGUACACUUGUGUUUGUCCAUACAUUUCUUAAGCUAAAUAUAGAUUCUUCACAAGAUGCAUUCGUUCAAAGGCUUUUUGGCACCUUGGAAUGAAAUGCAGUUCAUUUUUUAUUUUUGCUUCCUUUUAUUAUAUAAAAGAGUCAUAAGUUAUUGUGCAUUAUAUUUGAAGUUUGACAUAAUAGCUUGUCAUUUUUGAAGUGGACCUAAGAUCAGGUGAUGUUUCUGGAUAUAAUUGGUUAGCUAUUUGCCAUGUGUGGCGGUGGUAAAGGGCAUUAUUUAUACCCUUCCUCAGCGCCUGGCAAAACAAUUGCAUUUUUAUUUUUGCACUAAUGAGUUUGCAAGGAAUGGAUUGAAUAGAUGCUACAGAAUCAGAGGUUAAAAAAAGGUUUUGAAAUGCUGUUCCAGACAUCUUUUAUGGUAGAUAGCUAGGCUACAAUCCUCUAAUGUCCUUCCUGGGAGUUCAACAGAACUUGGCGAGUUUUACUUUUGAGGGAUCAUAUAUAGGAUUGCACAGUAAAUUGAGUUAAUAUUUCAGUAUUGUCCACCUGCGAGACAAGUAAUCCAUAUAGAAACAUUUGCCUGGUACCCUAUUUUGUGUAAUUUUUCUUUCAGAGAAGAACAGAGAGGAAAGAAAGUGUGCAUCAGGCCGCUGCAUAAAUAAGAUUCGUAUAACGAGUGCCCACUGUAUUUUAGGUAUUGGGAUGGCGAAACUUGUGUAGCUUACAAGGAUUGCUGCUUGCAAGUGUCUGAACCUGCCCAGAUUCUUUUUACCAAAGAGGUUGAAGGAACAUGUUGCUGCUUAUAAUCCAAACUAAAACAAUUGAACCAAAGUAUCUUCAGCAUAAGCUAUUUGGGUAUAAUAUGCAAUGCCAGAGAUCAUGAAAAUGUAUAUAAUUUAGCAGCAGUUACUCAUAAUUUUUUUAAUGCGGUGUAGUCUCAAUAUACAGAAUUGUCCAAAGUCUGUCUACUUCAACACCAGAAGAUCUAUAUACACCAGAAAGCUAUUGAAAGGAGUUUAUUUAGACUCCCAGAGAGCACUUUAAAAGGGUUAGUUUGGAAAACUCUCAUUGGGCUAGGGCUGAGGAGAACACAAAAAUAUAUAGGAGCCAGCAUCAAAUUUGAGGUUUCCGGGCAUUUAGGAUUAUCCAACUUUGCAUUAAUUGUAUCAAAUGUGCUUUCAAAUGUCAGAUUUCCAAUGUGGAUUUUCUUUUUGCUCUGAACAUGUAAGUACUUUUCACUAAUGUUAAAUGUAUGCAUGUUAUAACUGUUGGGUUUGUGUGUGGGUCUGUAUUACUGAAUAUGCAAACUUUUGGUUUAUGAACUGCUCUAAAACUAGCUGCUUACAUUAAAAUGGAAAAAAGUAACCAGCAUGAAAUUGU